AUGAAGCCCUCACGGUUUGGGAUACCGCUUCUUGCGGUUAUUGGCGUCGCUUUGGCCCAGCAGCAAACGAACGGAGCUCAACCACCGAUUGACACUGGCGACGUUGCGGUACCACCUGCUACGCCCCCGGGUGGGCAACCCUCUUCUACUAUUUUAGACCCUCUAAAAUCAGAGGAUCUGAAACCUACACCAUCCGAUGCACCCAAAGAUAGUAACGAAGGAGGAGGAGGCCCCAUCCGAAAUACAGAAGUCGCCGGUGGUAGUAUCAGCUCGACGUCGGUCGAAUCAGUCUCGCAGGCUGCUACGGCUGGGGCGAGCGGUACCGAUGGACCAGUAAAUACGGGCGUGGCCGAAGUAACUGGAAGGUCGAAUAACAAUAACGGGGUUCUCACCGGUUUGACUAUUCUCUUCGCCUUACUAUUCGCUGGCGCCCUCGGGCUUGCUAUCUUCUUUUUCGUUAAGAGAAGACAAGACCGAAGAAACGGAUAUAGCACAGCAUAUUCGACCCCAGAAGCCGGUGGUUAUUCCGACAAAGGCGCCAAUGCUCAAAUUGAAACUCUCCAGUCCCAACUUGCCGACGCCAAUAGACGUCUUACCUCUGUUCAAGGAAGCCUCCUCGCUGCUGGUCAGAAACCUCAAACUAAGGACGACAACAGUCUGUCUCGUGAAUACACUCAACUCGGCACUGAUGCCGUUGGAUGGGCUGGAAAUUAUUUCAAGGCUUCAAGCGAUCCGAUUAACUUGACUACCGAACUUUACGAAUUCCUCACCGAGCAUGUUCCGAGUUAUCAAUCUCUUUUGACCAGCGGAAAGACCAAGCAAUUGGUCGUUCGUGCGAUUGUUUCAGAAGUCCUCCAAGAAAGCUUUGAGACUGGUGCCUUCUUUGGAAAUGCCAUGUCCGCAAUCACUCCACUCGUUCGAACUAGUUCUGCCCCGGCCCCCACAAUCAACAACUGGCGAUCUGAAACAUUCUUCCUUUUGGAAAAGAGCGACGACUUCACUUCUCAACGAAAGGCUGCCGUUUCGACUAUUGCCGACAAGAUUGAACAACUAACAUAUCCUCUCGCCGCCACAAAGCAAACAUUCCAAGGCGAUCCAGCCAGAUACAAAUUCCUCGAGGGAGUCGUCCAGAAGGCGGCAGACUUCGCACUUUCACUUGGCAAACAGCGCGCGAACUUCCAAAUCUUGAGCGAACCGGCUGGCUGCGAAUUCGGAUAUGCGACCAUGGAUGAUGUCUCCCAACAGACCGAUGUUAUUACCAGCGCCGAUGGAGCUACGAGCCAUCCAUUGGAGGGACGCCCAAUCCAAGCUACUGUCUUCCCAUUGCUUCUUAAAUAUGGCAAUGAGUCUGGUGAAGGUUAUGAUCAAAUCACCAUCUUGAGUAAGGCAAAGGUAUUGGUCUAA